AUGCCGCCAAUCCCUCCACCUUUGGCUACCACUAUGGCCCCAUUCCGAAUCCCAAUCCAGGUUGAUUCUGGACAGCCAAAUGUGACCACUGCCAGCAAUGCUGCAGCGCCCAACCCUGCCUCUCACCAGUCCAAGGUCCACGGCAGCGUGUGCAAUGUGGCUGUCAAUGGUGGUACUGUGCAGAAUCUCUCCCGCCAGAAUGUGCGCAUUCAGGAGCUUGUGGCUGGCCAGAAUGCCUUGAAGCAUUGGGUCCGCUCCCAAGGUUGGCGAGACGCCCGCUAUGCGCAUGAACCUGGAUAA